AUGAAGGGCUUUGUCUCGUUACUCGCAGUGUUCUCACAUGUGUGGGCUGGCUCAUCUGCUGCUGGAGAUGGCAACUUCACUGUCGCUUUCUUCCCACACAGCCAAAGCGAUUCCUGCAACGCCAACGAUAUCAGCAAAGCCAUAACCCUCACUACCAGUACUCGCCCAAAUGCGUACACUUGUUUCAACAUGAGCGACAUCUUCACCAGGAACAGCAGUACGGGUUUCCAAAAGACCACAAACCAACAAUACGGCAACCGCACUGGAGACCCUCUCAACCCCAACGGGAUUUCCUGGCUGCUACACAACCAGAACUUAUACGACCCAAAGGCGAACUACUCCCACACGUGGCUCAAAUUGGCCGAUGGUUCUGGAGCACAGGAAGGCAAGAGAAGUCACUGGAACUUUUACCAGUACACACUUCCUAAUUGCGAACAAAUCAGGUUAGGCGAUGAGACACACGGCGCGGAUACGCCGUGGUCCAUGAUCAGCUGCCAGACGAGCGAGGAUGGUCUCUGUAAAACAACACCAUAUCCUAUCGGAAGCUUUGCCAUCUACAAUUCUGGAGAUCCGGAUAGCGACAAGGGGAAGUGCAGAAAUUGGGUGCAGUAUGGAACCGCCGUCCGAAAAGGUGCAAAUGUGCGCAGCCCGGUCGUAGCGAUUUGUUGGCUCGUGGUGUUUGUAUUAUAUUGGUAA